GUCGGCCCAACACCGUUUGCUGCGUAGAAUUAUGUUCGUAGCUGAUUAUGGCGCGGGCCCGCCGUGCAGCGGCGGAGGGCUCGCCUCUGCGCGGGCGGACGGCUGCGGACCCUGCGCUGCUCCCGAGCUGGUCAGUGCGCCGAGGUCGGACAGAGGGGCGUCAUGCGGGAGCACAGGACCACCACCAUGAGCUCCACGGGCUAUACGGGCUUCCGGACGGUGGAGUGCUUCCAGGUGCCCUACACGUGGAAACGGGCCGGCCAGUGUAUCGCGGCGCUGCUACUGGUGUGUGGCGCCGCCGUGCUGGCCUGCGGCAUCCGCCUGGUCUACCUGCACUACGGCGACUGCAGCGCCACCUGCUCCACCGAGCUUUACAUAGGUGUCGCUGCGGUCGCGGCCGGCACGCUGGACAUCGCCCUGCACCUUCUGUUGCUGGGCAGUCUGCGCGGCUCGUGGCCGGCCGGGGCCAUCACAGUGACCGUGUGGGACGCUCUGAAGGCGGCCGCUGCCAUCUACCUGCUGGUGAGCGCCACGUACGCGCUGCACACGCGCCCGGAGACGGUGGUGUUCGAGCACUACGUGGCCGAGGUGGCACUAGUCGCCUGUAUGACGGUGGCGGUAUACGGUCUGGCAUCGGCUGCGCACGAACAGAGGGCCGCCAAUAUCGUGGACGGUAGUGAUUUCUGAGUGGAGGGUGCAGUGGAGGAGCGUGUGCCAUUUGAGUGACAGUGUAAUGCGUAUUGUGUGCAUAGAGCCAUGCAUAGAGCCUUGUUAAAUGUUGAAGGUAUUGCGAAAUUA